AUGCCACUACCACACAAGCGCAUGAUUCGUCUCCUCUAUCUCGACCUCACAACCGGCAACCACUCAACGAUCCAUAGCAAGCUACAACCAGUGAAUUUUGACGAAAGCUGUGUGUAUAAGGCACUCUCUUAUGUCUGGGGAGAUGAGGGGGAACAGUUACCUAUCUUCAUCGAUGGAAAGCGGCACUGGGUAACCCCCAACUGUCGUGCAGCUCUACGACGCCUUCGCGAGAUUGGAGUCGUUUGUUUAUGGGUCGAUGCUAUUUGUAUUAACCAGAGAGAUGAGUCUGAAAAGCGAGAUCAAUUAGCACUCAUGCGAGACAUAUAUCACUUCGCCGAUGAAGUAGUUAUCUGGCUGGGUUACAGCGAGCUUGAAGCCAAGCGGGACCGUCAUCGGAAACAGAUUGAGACUCUCGCAUUUGCCUUAAUACGCGUCUUGGAUAGCAAAGCCAACAGCUAUAUGGAAGAUUCUAUUCGAUUGUUAGUACAAGGCUCCAAGCGGGAACCCGCUUGGAGAGCUUUAGGGAAAAUACUCAUGCACAAAUGGUUCGAGAGGCUAUGGACGUAUCAAGAGCUUCUCGUAGCAGCAAAAGCCAGCUUUGUCUUUCAGUAUUAUCACAUAGCAUAUGACAAGGUUCUGAAUCCCGCUAUGGCUUUAUGGGAAUUCCUUUUACAACAUGAUUAUAUCAAUACUGGCCCCCUCCCAAAUCUUAGGCCUGCGCUCCUUGCCGCCUCGCGCCGGUCUAAAGCAUGGAGGUGUUACGAUAGAGACAGCGGACAAUUACGAAAUAGAACACUACUGGAUGUGCUGCAGGACACUCUACACUUGGAAUGUUCUAAUCCUAAAGAUCGUGUGUUUGCAAUUAUGGGUCUCGUAAAGGACAGGCUCAACCGGACCAUUAGACUUGAUUACGGUCAGUCAGUGGCUACACUCUAUACCAUGUGUGCUUUGGAGAUAAUUGAAGAGAACGAGUCUCUAGAGGUCUUAAGUCUCGCUGGAAUUGAUGAUCACUGUAGGAGAAACCGCGACGCACUUCCGUCUUGGGUACCUGACUGGCAAACCGGUGCUUGGGAGCGGACAAUUCCUGUACAACACGGGCUCUACAAAGCUGCCUCCAAUUCGACUCCCAUCCAACGCUAUCUCCAUGACCAUUCAACACUAGAGGCGCAUGGGUUUCACGUUGAUACUAUUUGUCGCGAAUUCAGUCUCCAAUCGCGGUCAUAUAGCUAUGGGCUCGCCGACUGGUGCGCGCGUUUCGAAAAAUAUCCGAAUGGCGACAGCGAAUAUCAUGCUUGGGUCCGGACGAUAACCUUAGACAGAAGUGAUCAUUCCACGGCAGAAUUCUCGCGUCUACCUCCAGAUAUCUUCCAGCAAUAUGUCGAACUUUCUCAAUUGCCACGCAGACCUGGUGAAGAUCGGAAGUCGCACCGGUACUAUCGUACCAUCCGAUCAGCUAUCAAAUCACGAAAAUUCAUUUUAUCCAAGUCAGGCUACAUGGGUUUAGGUCCGCUUGCUACUGAGACCAACGACAUGAUCUGUGUACUCAGAGGCUGCAAUGUGCCUGUGGUCAUCCGGGAAGAACACGGCCAUCAUUUGUUCAUUGGGGCGUGUUUUGUGUGGGGUCUGAUGGAUGGCGAGGUUAUAAAACACGGGAUGGGUAAUGGCCGGGAAAUGUACGUACUGUAA